AUGGAUGCAUCAAUGUAUGGAAAUGAUGCAAUCGACGCAACGAUGUCUGGAAACAAUGUAAUCGACGCAACGAUGUCUGUAAACAAUGUAAUCGACGCAACGAUGUCUGUAAACAAUGUAAUCGACGCAACGAUGUCUGGAAACCAAGCAAAGUUCGUCAAUCACUCCUGUGAUCCAAACCUGAUCGCUGCAGGGAAAUGGAAGCUCCAUGAAAUGCCGAGAAAAUUGAACUACUGUUGGAUUCAUCGCCAUCAUCACUUCGAAUUUCACUGA